AUGGUUCGCAUCACCACCUGGAAUGUCAACGGCAUUCGCAACCCGUUUGGCUACAAGCCAUGGAGUACGAACCGGACAUUCAACGCCAUGUUCGAUAUCCUCGAGGCGGACAUUGUCAUCAUGCAAGAGCUGAAGAUUCAGCGCAAGGAUCUGACAGAUGAUAUGGUGCUUGUGCCUGGCUGGGAUUGCUACUUCAGUCUGCCAAAGCACAAAAAGGGUACUUGCCCAUACUACGCAAUGCUUGCUCUGCGAUCUCCUACUAACUCUGUGUGUGCGCCCAUACGUGCCGAAGAAGGCGUUCUAGGCGCCCUCUGCCCUCCCGGCUCGACGACAUCGUACCGCGACCUCCCCGAAUCUGCCAGCAUCGGCGGCUACCUCAGCCCAUCUCAAGUCGCCAGUCUCCCUCCCGAUCUCGAACCUGACAGUCUCGAUUCAGAAGGACGAUGUUUGGUGCUCGAGUUUCCAGCCUUCGUCCUCUUCGGCGUCUACAGUCCAGCGAACAGCAACGGCCUGCGUGACGGCUUCCGAACCGGCUUCCUUACAGCGCUGGAGACACGGAUACGGAACUUGACUAACAUGGGCAAAAAUGUGAUACUCACGGGCGAUCUCAACGUCUCUAGGGAUCUGAUCGAUACGGCCAGGGCACAGGACAAUAUGCUGGCAGAAGGAAUGACGCAUGAUGAGUACUUGAGCACGCCGAAUCGCCGAAUUUUCAAUCAGCUGUUGCUGAAUGGAGUGGUGCCGGGCCAAAGGGACAAAGGGCGAGAAGAGCCAGUACUAUACGACCUGUGUCGAGAGUUCCACCCAGACCGCGAAGGCAUGUUCACACACUGGGAGCAGAAGAUCAACGCUAGGCCAGGCAAUUUUGGGUCACGUAUCGAUUUCAUACUGUGCAGUAUUGCCAUCAAGGACUGGUUCAAAGAGGCGAACAUUCAGGAAGGACUCAUGGGGUCGGAUCAUUGCCCAGUGUACGCUGUCACAAAAGACGUAGUGCCAAUAUCACAGGGAUCGACAACGGAGGAGAACAAGGUUGAAGAAAUGGUACAUAUUUUGGAUUUGAUGAAUCCAGCUAGCAUGUUCAAAGACGGUGUACGGCAACGAGAGUACGACGCAGUCAAGGAUGUUCCACCGCUCAGCGGAAAGCUACUAGCAGAGUUUACCAAAAGGAGAAGCAUCCGAGAUAUGUUCAGUAAGAAGCCCGCUCUACCAAAAUCUGCGCCAACACCAACGCCAAAGGUAAUUGAGAAGGAAACUACGACAAAGGCAGAUGUUGCGUCUACCCCUAGUAAGAUCAUCAACGAUUCUGAUAAAGACCUCGAAUUGGCAAUCGCGGCCUCUUUGGCAGACAUGCCCUCAGCAGUUGAUGGCAACCCUACAUCAAGCCAGAGCCCGCUCAAGUCGGCUGAGAAGCGACGCGCUUCAGCAUCCGCAUCUCCCAACAAAUCAGUCAAGAGGGGCAAAACCAACGCCCUGACCACUGCACCCAAAGCGUCAAAGGGCCAACAGUCACUGAAGGGCUUCUUUCAAACCCGAACUAAACCUGCAGAUGAAGAUCCUGUCAAGGACUCAGCACCACCCGCCUCACCGUCUACAACCAGCGAUGCGCCUAGCCAAUCCAUUACAGACAUGUCUGUUCCCCAAUCGUCCAUACCUUCCGACUCCUUCGACGCUGAUCCGCGCGCCUCUCAGGAAGCAUCAAAGGAAGGUUGGACAAAGCUCUUCUCUAAAAAACCGAUACCGCGUAUCGGCUCUUUGGUAUACCGUCCCAAGCCGAUCAUAAUGUCCCAAAAAGACCAGUCUAGUACAUAUCGGCCCUUGGAUCACUCGCGCCAGCAAAUUCGACUCCUCGCAUUUAACGCCGAUCUGAAUCUAAGAUUUGAGGUAUUCGAUCUUGCGAAUUGUCCCCCAUACGUCGCGUUGAGCUACACAUGGGGACUUCCAACCAACGACUACCACAUCGAGCUGAAUGGCUGCGUACACAACGUGCGAUACAACCUUGUCACAGCUUUAGUUGCAAUAUAUGGCCAUGUGAAGCGAGGCCAACCAUGGAGCUACUUUUGGAUCGAUGCUUUGUGUAUAAAUCAAGAGGAUUUACUGGAAAAGAACGAGCAAGUUGCGAUGAUGAGCGACAUCUACAAAUCCGCCGAACAUGUUCUAGUCUGGCUGGGAAACGAUGCUGAUGGAAUCUUGAAGCGCUUUGCACGAGAAGCGUUGACAAUCGACUCGCGUGGACUCUACGAUAGAGUCGCCUUUCACGAAACUGAACUGUAUCCGCUACUCAACAACGUCUACUGGACACGGAUGUGGACGAUCCAGGAGUAUGAACUAGCGCAAAACAUCAUCUUCACGUCGAAGACUGAGUUGGCAACCGUGCCGAGCCUUCUAAACAUGUUCCGAAAUGUACGCUUCCACAUCGACACCAUUCCCAAUGAUCAACGAAUCGAAGGCACCGACUCUGGCAACUUCCACGCGAACCAUAUGGACAUACCCCGUCGCCUGAGCGAUAAGCACUUUGGCAAGUACCGCUCCAAAGAAGUCGACCAACCUAUCCGAUUCAAGCCCAAUAGCCUUCCGAACCUAGUUUGGACGAACAACUACAAGGGUUGUCAGGAUCCGAGGGAUUACGUAUACGCCAUUCUGAGUCUCGUGGAUUGGAGCUUGCAUCCUGGAUUAGAGCCGCUGAAGGCGGAUUAUCGCUUGAGUCCGGGAAAGUUAUGGGAGCAGGUACAGGCUUACGGCUUGGAUAAAGGGCUUUUGCCGUUCAGGCUCAAGAAAGAAAUUGAGAAGGAAGGGUAUGAUGUUGAUACGACGCUGAGGAUAAAACUGCCCCCGUUUCCGGCGCGUUGA